UUUAAAAUUCUUAUUAUAUUUAUGCAGAUAACUGUAAAUUUACCAAAUCAAAAAUGGACGCUCCUGGUGCUUGUGCAUCUUCCAUGGAGAAGAGAGAACCUCACAAGCGCAUAUUUACAAACAGAUCUCUCUCACUGGAGAAAAUCAAGUUCUAUGGAUUUGAUAUGGAUUAUACCCUGGCCGAAUAUAUAUCUCCAAACUAUGAGAAGCUUGGUUUCAACAUGAUCAGAGACCAUAUGCUGAAACUAGGAUACCCAUCAGAACUAGCAAAACUCGAGUUCAAGGCUGAGUUUCCUAUCCGUGGACUGUGGUGGGAUAACCUCCACGGAAACCUACUCAAGGUCGACGGAUUCGGUAAUAUUCUCUUCUGUGUGCACGGUCUCAGAUUUUUGAAGCCCGAGGAGAUAUCUGUAACCUAUCCGAAUAAGUUUAUCCAACUUGAAGAGAAGAGAAUCUAUGUUUACAACACCUUGUUCAACCUACCAGAGAUAUAUCUCAUUGCUGCAAUCAUAGACUACUUCGCUAAACAUCCAGAGUACAAGGAAACCAAGGAAGGGUUUAAGUGGAAAGAUCUGCUGAUGUCCUACGAGUCAAUAUUUCAGGAUGUGAGGAACGCUGUUGACUAUGUUCAUAUGAGAGGAGAACUUAAAGAGAAAACUUGUGAAAAUCUUCAGCUUUAUAUUCAUAAGGACGAAAGGUUGCCAAAGGUAUUAUAUAAUCUUCGAGCAUCAGGAGCUAAAACAUUCCUUCUCACCAACUCAGAUUGGAACUAUACUAACAAGGUUAUGGAGUACCUGCUUAACUUUCCCGACGCACCCUACGCCGGGGAGAGCUGGCAGAGAUAUUUUGAUUAUACCUUUGUUGAUGCCAGGAAGCCUGAGUUCUUCAGUGAGGGAACUGUGAUGAGACAGGUGGACAAGAAUACAGGACAGCUCAGUUUGGGUCAUCACACUGGAAGUAUCAAGGAGGACGCUGUUUACUCCGGAGGUAGUUGUGACGUUCUCUCCAGGCUUAUCGGAGCCAGGGGCAGGGAUGUUCUUUACGUUGGAGAUCAUAUCUUUGGAGAUGUACUCAAGUCAAAGAAGCUCAGAGGUUGGAGAACCUUCCUCAUAGUUCCAGAACUUAACGACGAACUUAAUGUUUGGACAACAAAGAAGGACCUUUUCGACAAACUUCAAAGUUAUGACCACGAGUUGUCUGAACUAUACAAGAAUAUGGACAGCAGCAAUCAGGACAGGCCAAAUGUUGUAAAGAUAAAGAAGAGUAUCCGUGAGACAAUUCACACAAUGGAGAUGACGUAUGGUACAACAGGAUCAGUUUUCAGGUCUGGGUCCCGUCAGACCUUCUUCUCUAGCCAGGUAGUGAGGUAUGCUGACCUUUACGCUGGAACUAUGCUCAACCUACUCUUCUACCCAACCUUCUACAUGUUCAGGGCCCCGUCAAUGUUGUUACCCCAUGAGUCUACUGUUGCUCAUCACGAUCAAACCUUGCAGGCUGUAACGGCAAGGACUUCAAGAUCUGUGUUUAACCGCGGUCUGAGUAUGGAUGAUAUGUUGACUAAAGGGGAGGAACCGACACAGUGCCACGAGAUCGACGAUGACGAGGAUUGUGACGAAGUCUCGUCGGAGAAGAGCAAUGAGUCCCACUAGAGGUCCCUCACGGUCCUUCAGAGGUCCAUUUGGAUUGUUGAUUGGUUCAUCAUGAACCGUCUAAGUUCGUCAAGGUCCACUCUGACGUCAACAAGGUCUACAUGUGGUCCAUUAAGGUUCAAUCGAGGACAGUCAUGAUCUGAGGUCUUAAAAGAUUACUAUAGGUCCAUUUUGGCCCCCAAGUGACUCCGCUCCUUGUGAUCUACUGGAGGUCCCAUGGUCCAUCAAAGUCCACUGGAGGCUUAUUAAGGUCUAUUGGAGUCCAUCCUAACAGGACACAGUCAGAAAAUCAUCUCAAUAUUUGAUAGCUAAAUUGUUUUUGUGAUUUUUAUGUCUUUAUUAACUUUACUUCGUAAAAUUUUUCAUUUUAAUGUUCUAGUCAUAUUUACCGAUGCCCGAUGACCUAAACUAA